AUGGCACAACAAGCCACAGCGGAUGACGACAGGCCAGCCUCGCCGCUCUACAACGACAACACCAAUGAGAACAAGUCUGGCGUGCCCGAGUUUCUUCCCCGACUGGUCGCCGUCUUCUUCGCCAUCUUUGACCCCAACGUUGGGCCCAAGAUCGUCCACGAUGUGCCAGAAGGCUUCAUGUCACGGCCUGCGUUCCCGUCCUCGCCCCCACUCCAAAAGCAAAGCUCAACGCUCUCCAGCGCUCCUCUGAGUCGUGUUGCAUCUGAGCAAGGCAACAUCAUCUCGCCGAACAAGUUUGCAAGCGCAAGAAAGGAAGAGACUGUCUUUUCUGCUCUCACAGACUAUCUCGUCCCCAAACGAUCGCUCUGCGGUCAUCUCACGACAGUCUGUUUGGGCGACAGAUAUAAGCUACUCGGCUAUCCUAUCUGGAUCGAGGAAGCCGACGAUGGUCCUGAGGAUGGGUCGACAUCUGUCCUGCAUGAAUCUGCCCCAAGGGGCAAGUAUGAGCGCGGUCACUUCAGCUUCAACUUGGGUUUUGUCUUUGACCGAGGCGCCGAACUGGCUGCCUAUGAACCUCUCGUACGCAAGACGGGCCGUGUUCUGCGCGACCUCGAAGAAUCAGAAUCGCUCUUAUCCGGUCCAGCACAUUCGGCUCGCAUCCAUUCGAUCCUCGAGCAGCUCUACGAAGACCUGAACAGCUACUCAGAGACUUCCAUUCUCAUCGAUGGCGUCACCUCUCUCGACCUCAAGCUGUUUCCUUUCUAUACCAAUCCCGGUCUGAUCAGGGAUUGGGACGUGCCCAUCUUGCUCGUCGACUUGGUUAUGAUGAGAACGGACGGAUGGGAUCUGACGAUGCAAAAGCUGGCGGGUCACAUCAAUGGCGUCGAUUGUGUCAAGACGAUCGCUACUGUGGCAGAUGUCGACUAUGCCCUUGCGAGAGAAGCGAUACAGCAUCUUGUCUACUAUGACGCAGUCAUUGUCACCGAUUUGUUCCAGUUCAGUAAUGAGUACCGCUUGGCGAGCAAAGAAGCAGAGAGUCUACCGUGGGCGAUGACAGACCAGCGCGCAUUCUCCGCUCUCGCAACAGAAUGCGAGAAUUAUGUCUCGACAGGAUUCGCCAAAGUAUCAUUCAUCACUUUACUUAAGCUACUCGUCAAGCUCCAGCCAGGUCUCACUGCAGGCGAUUGGAUCGAACAGAAUAGUAUUCACGAGCUCGCCAUCGAUGUAAGACGACUGAUCUCAUUCAGCACAAUCAAAGGCUAUCUCAUUCGAGUCCACGUCUAUCCCGUUUGGCUCGACCAUCCCUCCAUGCAGAGCAGCCACAUCGAACUUCCCAGCGAGCGCGAAGGUAGCAAUCCCACCAAUGGCCCUGCCGGAUCACAUGAUCCUGAUGAUGUGCCGAAAGAGACGUUGGUGCCAUCUACUCUCAAAGCUUUGCUGGACGGCACACAUCACAUGGACGAGUUAUGUGUACGCUACCGAAUUGGCAAUGCGCGACUACGCGAGUUGCUGAGAAUCAUCGGCGGCGUGACCAGCGAUGACGAUCGAGACUACGGGCGCGUGUGUUUAGUUCGCUUGUAG